AUGGAAGAUUGGGUUUACCCUCUAUUCUGGAAGGGAUGGCGAACAGAGAGUCUAUCGUACGAACACUUAAGCCGAUGCUCUAAAAAUGAUGAGGCCCUAGUAGUGGUUCAACAAUUGGAAAGAAAUUGGGACAUUGAACGCCGUAAGCGUAAACCUAAAUUCUGGUGGGCGUUGCUUAAAACUUUUGGCUUACAGUUUAUAAUCCCGGUCACUAUUUUUGGAAUCGGGGAAUGUAUAGUACGAAUUGGUCAGCCCCUACUUUUGGGGUUUGUGAUUGACUAUUUCAGAGGAGCCAACUAUCUGAGCUACCAACAUGCCUGUAUGGCUGCGGGUGGUAUAGUAGUUUGUUCAGCCCUGUACAUCACACUACACCACCCGUGCCUAAUGCGUAACCUACAGGUGGGCAUGAGAUUGCGUAACGCGUGCACUACUCUCAUGUAUCAAAAGUGUCUAAAACUGAGCCAAUCAUCGCUGGCGAAGACAACUGUCGGCCAAAUAAUCAAUAUUAUGUCCAACGAUGUCAACCGAUUUGAUGAGUUUGCAAUUUCAAUGACAUGCGUGAUUGUGGGGCCCAUACAAGCCGUACUAGUUAUUUAUCUAACAUGGACAUUUUGUUUGGGUAUUUCAACUGUGGUGGGACUGGGCCUGUUUGUGCUAUACAUACCAUUUCAGUUAAUCAUGGGUAAACUAUUUUCGCGCUUCAGACAAAAAACGGCAAAAUUAACUGAUGCCCGAUUACGGCUAAUGAACGAGAUUAUUUCUGGUAUGAGAGUGAUCAAAAUGUACACAUGGGAGCAGUCAUUUUCUGACUUAGUGACCAAAGCUAGAAAGUUGGAAGUGAAUGACAUACGCAAAGUGUGUUACUUAAAAGCGGUCAAUCUGUCACUAUUCCUGAUCGCCACCAAGAUCAUAUUGUUUUUCUGUUUCCUGACGUACGUACUAUUAGGUCACGUUCUCAGCUCCAAGAGUGUGUUUGUUACAAUGGCCCUGUUCAAUAUGCUCAGAAUCACAUUAACAUGGAUAUUUCCCCAGGGUAUAGCCCAGGGGGCUGAGCUCCUGGUCACUUGUCGUAGAAUACAGGUGGAUUUUCUCGAGCUUGAUGAAAAAGAGCCGAUGCCUACAGACCCUGGCAUUAAAAAGCCAACUCUAGACAAUAUCUCUCUAAACUUAAAACCUGGUGACUUGUUAGUGGUGAUUGGUCCUGUUGGGUCGGGCAAAAGCUCACUGUUAAUGACCCUGCUCCGGGAACUGGAGCUAUUGAGUGGGUCUAUUCAUAUGAACGGCACCGUUAGUUACGCAGCACAAGAGCCGUGGAGUUUCAACAAUAGUGUCCGAAAUAACAUAUUGUUUGGCCGCGAGUACGACGAGCGCCGGUAUAAAGAUGUGGUACGAGUGGCGGCACUCGAGCGGGACUUAAAGAUAUUCCCGUUCGGCGAUCGGACACUAGUGGGCGAAAAGGGUGUGUCACUCAGUGGUGGUCAAAAAGCGAGAAUAACGUUAGCAAGAUCUCUGUACAGAAACGCAGACAUAUUCCUUAUGGACGACCCGUUAUCGGCAGUGGACGCGGCCGUUGCCGAACAUAUAUUUGAACAGGGGCGGGGCAAUAGAGGUCAACGAUACUGUUAUUACUAUUGUGUGUAUGUAAUCCUAUGGUCUGAUAUCAUCAGCUGUGGAUCAGCUCUCGAGCUUCUCCCAAACUUCUAUAUGGUAUCAUAA